AUGGCAAAGAGUGUUCGAGCAAGCGUCCAAAAGCGCAACAAAGCCAAACUUCGCGCUACAGUCUUUGGCCCCGUUGUGGAUGCACGUACGGAGCGACUGUCUGCAAAACUGCAAGAGCUUGCUUCCCAACCCAAACCGAAUGAUCAGGACAAGUCAAAAUCGAACGCGGAAGCCAUAGAGAUUGAUAUGCAAGACGGAAACCCAGCAAUCAACACUGAAAGCAAUGAAGCGAUGGACAUCGAUACCUCGAAGACAAGCGGCAACGGCUCUUCACGGCGGUCAGGACGAAUUCAGAAACGUCAGCGCAAAAACCGUUCUUCCAUUGUUUUCAAACCGCACCCGUCAAAGACCCGCAAAAUCUCGAAAAAGAAAUAA